AUGUUGGCGAGCAAGGUCAAGAGGGGAGGCGACCACAACACAAGAGGGAGAUGUCUUAACAUCGUGUCGGCUUUGCGGCGCAGGCGAGCCCUGGGCAAGAAGGGCUGUCUGCCUUUCUCGCACGGGCUGCCCAAGGCACCGGCAAGACUGGUGUACGCCAUGUCCAACGCGAUACCCGUGGGCGAAAGACACGACAGAGUUAUUCUCGGGUUCACGGCAGACGGCGAGCACUUGGUGGUGUGCCGCGGCCCGCUGGCGCACCCCCGUCGGCUUGAGCUGCGCAGGGUGAGGCUGCAGCGGCCGGGUUUGUCCGCGCCGGGCGAGGCUCUCUGGUCCCUACCCCUUAGCCUUCGGGCUCGCGGUGAUCCCUACGCGGAGAACGGCUACGCUUCGUCGGCAGAAGGGGGAGAAGGGGGUUACAGCAGCGGGGAAGACAUGGAAGAGGAGGACGGAGAAGAAGAGAUGCUUCAUGGGUCAGGAAUGGACGGCAUCGGGGACGAGGAGCCUGCUUCCGUAGCGGUGACGGAGAGCUCGGACGGCUUCUUGGUGGUUGCUGUGGUGUCUCGGGUCGAGAUGCAGGAGGACGAGGACAGGGUGUACCACGUUUUCGUCGCACCGGGCCCCUCCUACCUGGCCGCCGUUAACGCCUCUGCGGAAACACCGUUCGUCGGUGCGGCGUUCUCCUACAUCGUGCCGGGGAGUGGCGGGGCUCCGGUUCCAUCCAUAGCGGCGCAUGACGUCGGGUGUGUGGAUGGCGCUGCCGGGGCGGGGGAGGAGCGGGUGUACAUGAUCGUGCUCAAUGCUGUGGACGCCAUUCGUGUGGUGGAGGUGAGGCUACACACGGAGGGCGCGGGGCAGGCUUCUCCACCCCCACCCCCACCUUCAAUUUCGCCAGGAGGCGGCAGGUGCCCGGCGCGUGUUCCCGUUGGAGGCCGUAGGUCGCCACCUCUUCCGUUCGACACAACGUUCACGAUACGGCCCCCGGAACUCCUUCAGGCAAGUAGCAAAUCGCGCGGCGAUGGUGCCGGCGGAAGAGCCGGCGGUGGCGGUGGCGAUGCUGGCGGCAGUGCCAGCGUUGACGGUGGCAGUAGCAGCAGCUCUGCUGACCCUAUGUCGCUGUGGUGGUCCUGUGGCCGGGACCUCCCGUCGAUGCCCCUCGUCGGCACCCACCGGGUGUUCCCCUUCCGUCGAAGAGGGCCGGCGACUAGCGUUCCAGCCGCUGCAGCGGAGCCAGCACUGGCGGCGACGGCCCGAGGUGCCGGGCAACUGCGGUCAAGGAGAAUGGGCGGAGAAACGGCGGAACCCGCAGCAGAAACGCCUUCUGGGGGGAGUUCGAUCUCACGGCCGACCGAGGGCGAUGCGGAGGGGGAAGAGCUGACACGGAGAAGUGGUGGCCGGACCAACACACGCGAGGCCAAGACGGUAGCUGCAGCGGCGGUGGAAAGCGGCGGGGUGGGGGGCGAGAGCGCGCAUGCCGGCGGUGGAAGCGGGGGGGAGGCGUCCCGGGCGGAAGGUGCUGAUUCCAACGGCGGUGUUGGCGAGGGCGACGCGGAUGGAUUUUCGGCGAGGGCCCCCUCUGUCCACGCCACGGACUACCACUGCGUGACGGCCGGCCUGAGGGAUGGAGGGCGAGGAGUGUUGCUCAGCUUGGUCGUCAAAGUGAUGUACACCGGGUCCCGCCGGAAGAGAAAAAGGGGGGGGGGAGGGGGCGACGGAAGAGAGGAAGGAGGAGGAGGAGCAAAGACGGGGGGAGGGAGUGCCACGGGGACGAGGAACGGCAGUGGUGGCGAUGCCAGUGCUGCUGUGGAGGGCCCGUUCCUUCUUAGUUACAUCUUGGAUCUCGACCUUGAGCUGAGUAACACCGCCGUGUUUCAAGGCCGUUCGGUCGGAGCGAUCACAAACCCCGUGUAUCCUGUGGCCAUCGUGAUGGAGGAUGACGAUUAUUAGUUCUGAAUGUUUUUCUCUUGCUUGUUCUCGUUUUUGGGGUGAUGGCGACGGUGAUCGGGAAGCGAAAUACCCAGCCACAUUCGCUCGCCUUGAGUUGGUGGAUGACACCUGUCGUUUGUUUAUUGCAAACCUGCCUGUACUCCGCAGUCGCUUGCACGCCGGGUCAAUUUGUCCACGCUUCCGGUUCUUGGCCAAGAUUUUCCCAAUGAGGUUCUGGCUUGUGUUUUUCCCGCAGAAUUAUCUGUUGCGAUUUUCCAAGGUCAUAUUUUCGUCAAGAGCAGGAACAGGCUCGACAUCAGAAGAGUAGCGCGGGGUUGGGAAGGUCUAGUCGCGAGCGUUUCAUAGAUCCGCGUGUAGACUUGGUGCUCGUAACCAAUAUUUUGUGGAAAAAUAUUACCUUGGGGAGCGGGCGGUAGCUACGACUCACGGCCACAUAGUUUUCGAUAGAACCUGUCCAUUGUCGGUUGUUCCUUCGGUUGUACACGCUUGGGGAGCACCACUGUAGAAUAGGCGGCUACGUUUGUUUGGCGGGUAUUGUGCUACACAUGCGGCAGCCCCAAGAGUGUUUAUGCGAAAAUUCUGACGUACAGGUAUGGAUGGAUGGAUGGAUGUGGUGGAAUGUUUUGGCGUUUUUUUGUUGUGGGCCUCUCGCGGUCGUGGAGACCAGUGAGUGAUUCCCCAAACGCUCUUCGCGGUGCCGGUAGGUGAGAAGACAGAAAAAUGGAUUGAUCUUCAAGAAUGGUUGU